UGACAACGUGUUUGGGUCUCUCGUAUUAGGUGACUGUCUGACUGGUAGCCAUAGUCCACAGAAACUCCAAGACAGGUGGUAUGGUUCGAUUGAAGCUACACAACAUUUUAUUUCUUGUACUUUUCUGCAACUCAAAUGGACAGUUUGACAAUUCUAGGAGGCGUCCAUGGAUGGACAGAUUUGUACCAAUUAGGCGAUACUGGGAUCUUCAUGAGAGAGAAAAACCACCGAAAACAAUUAAUCCUUCACCAAGGUUUGUUCUGCUGGCUCCAGAUCUGCUGAGGACAGACAGCGAUGAGAACAUCUACUUACAGGCUGAUAGUGUGUCUGACCCCAUCACUGUCUACAUCGUGAUCCAGGACUUCAGCGAGGCUGUCACAUUUUUACAGGACUCGGUCACACUAAACCAGGCAAAUGGAUUCAGCACCCUCAAGCCUAUACAGCUUUCCUCUGAUUUAUUGAAUCGCGAAGAAAAGAAGAAGAAAUUUGUGACUCUGAAAGUGACCUUUGGAGGUUUCCACGUUGAGAAGAGGUUACUGAUGGUAACCUUUCACUCUGGGUACAUCUUUAUCCAGACAGACAAACCCAUCUACAACCCAGGAGAUACCGUUCGACUUCGAGCCUUUGUGUCUUCUCCAAACUUUAGGGCCAUUAACAACUCCAUCGCAAUAGAUAUUGAGAAUCCAGAUGGUGUGGUGGUUAAACAGGUCUCCAGGACCAGGGCUGUUCAUGGCAUCUUUUCGGAAACAUUUCCACUCUCUGAAUAUGUCAAUGAAGGAACGUGGAUUAUUACAGCAAAGUUUGACCACUGGGAGGAGAACACUUUCACCUCUCAGUUUCAGGUGAAGAAAUAUGUGCUUCCUGCCUUCAAUGUUACCUUAACACCCAAGAAGACCUUCCUUAGCUUGGAUGACAGUGAACUGGUAGUAGAAAUCUCAGCCAGGUACCUGUAUGGAGAGCCAGUCCAGGGGACAGCUUAUGUUGUGUUUGGAGUCAAGAUCAAUAAAGAAAUGAUAAGAUUACCUUCAGUGAAGCAGGUGUCAAAUCUUGAUGGUGGAACUGUUACACUGAGCAUGGAGGAGAUCAAAAGUGCUUACCCCAACAUUCAAUCUUUGAUUGGGAACUCUGUGUAUGUCAAGGCCUCUGUGCUCACCAGCACAGGAAGUGAUCUGGUUGAGGCCGAGAAGUCUGGCAUUAAAAUUGUGGAAUCUCCCUACGUCUUAUUGUUCCAAAACAUACCAAAGUACUUCAAGCCAGGCCUGCCAUUUGACUUCACAAUUCAGGUGAGCCACCACGAUGGUUCUUUGGCCCGUAACGUCCUGGUUAAGCUGAACUUGCUGGACACUCCAUUAGUCGUGUCCUCCGGAACCACCAGAGCUACCAUCAACAUGCCCAAGAAUAAUCAACCACAAACCAUCAUUGCUGAAACAGCACAGGAUGGCUUGAGACCAGAGCAGCAGGCAAAGCAACAGGUCACUGUUCAGCCCUACACCACCCAUGACCAUGAAAAGAACUACCUGCAUGUCUCCACAGGAACUACCACAGUGUCUUUAGGAGAAAGACUGUCUGUGAAGGUCACAGCCAGUCCUGCAGAUGACUCGUUCAGAGGAUUCAUCAAAGUUAUCACCUACCUGAUUCUCAGUAAAGGAAAAAUCAUACAAGCUGGGCGCAUGGAUGUAACUGGUCAGCUGGUCACCAACAUCGGGCUGAUGGUGACACCAGACAUGAUGCCGUCGUUUCGUGUUGUGGCGUACUACAUUAUUCCCUGGAUUGGAGGAGAGGAGGUGGUGUCAGACUCCAUCUGGAUAGAUGUGGUGGAUUCCUGUCUUGGAGGGCUCACAGUGGGGCCAGUGGACGGCAUACCGAGAGACUACCUUCCUGGGAAGAUGUUUCGCUUUAAGAUAAGAGGUGACCCGGGGGCAAAGGUCAGUCUGGUGGCUGUGGACAACGCUGUGUAUCUUCUCAGCAGGGACAGACUCACGCAAAAGAAGAUUUGGGACGUGGUCGAGCACGGUGAUAUUGGUUGCACACGAGGGGGAGGCCGAGAUGCCAAGGGGGUAUUUCAAGAUGCAGGACUGCUUUACUCCUCCAGCAGUGGCUUUCAAACCCCAAAUAGGCAAGCCUUGCAGUGUCCAGGCAGUGCCAGAAGGCGGCGCUCUGCUGAACUGUUGCGACGUAAAGCACAGCUGGAGAGUCACUACAAGGAGAAGCUGCAGUAUCGUUGCUGUAAAGAUGGCCUUCGGGAGAUCCCGAUGCCGUACUCUUGCACACGACGCUCCCUCUACAUCACCGAGGGAUGGGAGUGCAUCCGGGCUUUCCGCUAUUGCUGCGCCACAUUGAGGGACCAGCCGUUUAACACAGAGAUUCCUACGACACCGUCGCCCACUACAACACCUGUUCCCACCACCACUGCUGCUGAAAUUAUUUUGCCAGAUCGGAGAGUACAUCUCUCGCGAGAGAACUUUAACUGGAGAUAUCCUUCACCUGGACUACCUGGACUACUUGAACCACCUGGACCACCUGGACCACCUGAAAUUGAAGGAAGCAUUGUAUUGCGUGGACUUCCCGGCCAGCCUGGACCAAUUGGGCGUGAAGUGUACCUUCAGACAAAUGCGAGGAAAACAGAGGAAGAAGAUUUGGUGAUUAGUUCAAUUGCAAAAGAGAUCAUCGAAGAAGGCGAAGAGGAAGAAGAGUACACAGAUGAGGCUGACGUAUAUCUGCGUUCCAAGUUCUAUGAGUCUUGGAUGUGGAUGGAUGUUAACCUGCCCAGUCAGGCAGAUAGAGACAGUAGACACGGGUUGGCCUCGAUGACUAUGGGGGACCCCUUACCUGAUAGCAUCACAGAAUGGGGGCUUCUGGCUGUCAGUGCAUCACCCCACACAGGUUUCUGUGUUGCGGAGCCCUACAACUUCAGAGCGUGGAAACGUUUCUUUGUGGAGCUGAAGCUGCCGUAUUCAGUGGCGAGACAUGAACAGGUUGAAAUAAAAGCUGUGGUCCAUAACUACGGCUCUGAGGAAUUACAUGUCAGGGUGGUGCUCAUGAAGACUGAAGGCAUAUGCAGCAUUGCUUUCAAGGACAGACACACACAGGAAGUGACAGUGCCAGCUGGCUCUUCGAUAGCUGUGCCCUACACCAUUGUACCGCUGGUGGUGGGAAAACAUCCGUUGGAGGUGAUGGUGCUCGGGAGAGACAUGACGGGAGGAGACCGUAUCCAGAAGCUUUUACGAGUAGUGCUCGAUGGAGUUCAGAAGACUGAAGUUUGGAGUGUGGUGUUGAACCCAUCUGCUGAGGGAGGAACACAGACAGUCCGUGUUGGAAAGAUUGAACUGGAGUCAGUAGUGCCAAACUCUCAACCUGAGUCAUUGGUCAAUGUCAGAGGCAGCGUGUUAGCAGACAGUAUUGAGAACUCCAUCAACGAGGACUCUCUGGGAUCUCUGAUCAGGAUGCCUGGUGGCUGUGUGGAGCAGAACCUAGCCUCCAUUACUCUGCCCCUCAUUGCCACCCUCUACUUAGACCGAACUGGCAACUGGGAGAGCGUAGGCGUGCAGCGCAGGGCAGAGGCUCUCAAGUACAUCAAGAGAGGCUAUGACAAUCAGCUGGCAUACAGAAGGCGUGACGGCUCUUACCCGCCCUACAGCAGGGAAGGAGCAAGUACCUGGAUCACAGCAUAUGUGGUAAAGGUGUUCUCCAUGGCUCACUCCAUCAUCGGCAUUGAGAAGCAACAAGUGUGCGACCCUCUGGUCUACCUGGUGAUGAACAAACUCAGAGAAAAUAAAGGAAUAUAUGUAGAGAACAACCCAGUUUACAGCACUACCAUGACGGGCGGUCUCCGUGGUGAUGACCCAGAGAUAACACUUACCGCCUUUGUCCACAUCGCACUAGCUGAGGCCAGGCAGGCAGGGAUCACCUGCGUCAUUCCUGGUUUGGAGAUGGAGAAUGCCAUGGGUAAGACCACACAGUACUUGACCAGUGCCCUGACUAGAAAUGGGAGGAGACCGUACACCGUGGCCAUCACCUCUUAUGCUCUGGCUCUUGCGGGGGCACCUCACAAUGUUCAUCAACCGUUACUCGAAGCUGCAGCCCGAGGUGGCAGCCACUGGCCUGACAGGGAAAACCACUUCUUCACGUUGGAGGCGACCGGCUAUGCCCUGCUGGCUCUGAUUAAGUUGGGACGCAUGGAGGAAGCAGCAGCACCCUUUAAAUGGCUGAACAGCCAGCGAAGAAGAGGAGGCGGCUUUGGCUCUACUCAGUCCACCAUGGUGGUGCUUCAGGCACUGUCAGAGUAUAUGAUCAAGAGACCUCCUCCUGAUGACCUCAGUCUGGAUGUAGACAUCAGGAUCACUGGACGCAGAGAUGUCCGCUACCAUUUUAACCCAAGGACAGCCUAUGGCGCUCGCUCAUCCAAGUUGCCUGCUAACCUUGAUUUGGAAGUCAGAGCUCAAGGAAACGGACAGGGAAUACUUGAGGUUGUGACCCAUUAUAACCAGCUGCAUGAGGUGGAUGAGAAAAUGCCCUGCCAGCACUUUGAGCUCAGUGUUGCUAUUGAAGAGUCCCGGGAAAAGCCUCCAGCAGAUGUAGAGAAGUCCUAUCAGAUCACCAUCAAAGUGAGGGCUUUAGGACCCAGAGAUGUCAGGAUGGUGGUUCUUGACAUCAGUUUGCCCACUGGCUUCACCCCAGAAAACUCAGACCUGGAGAUGUUGUCCAACUCAGUGGAUCAUUACAUCAAUAACUUCCAGAUAGUAGAUAACCUGAGUGACAGGGGAUCCCUGAUCAUCCACCUGUUUAAGGUUUCUCACAAAGAGCCUGAGAUCCUAAUAUUCAGACUCCAGCAGACCUUCAAAGUUGGCCUCCUGCAGCCAUCCUCAGUGACUGUUUACGAGUAUUACAACCCAGACCGCCGCUGCAGUCGUACUUACACCCCCCGUGAGAACAAGGAGCAGCUCAGUCAGAUCUGUAGAAACAACGUCUGCCGCUGCACACAGGGUGACUGCUGCAUCUCCAAAGCGGACAGUGAAAACUUCCCCAGCAAAGAAAGAGAGACGUUUGCCUGCAAGAGCUUACACCAUGUUUUCCAGGUGAAGGUGCUGAAUGUCAUCCAGAGUUACUACGACAAAUACGAGAUGGAGAUCACACAAGUUAUCAAACUGGGUCUGGAGGGUGGAGUUGGAGCGGGUCAGACGAGGAUCUUCAUGUCUCACGGAGGCUGCAGAGAUGGACUAGACUUGAAGCAGGGCUCCCAGUACCUCAUCAUAGGCCCCAAGGAGGACCAGUGGAAUGUUGAUACUGAAACCAACAAGUUCAUCUACAUGUUGGGGAAGGACACCUGGGUGGAGCGCUGGCCUUCACCUGCAGAGUGCUCCAGCCACCCCAGCCUGCAAGCUAAAUGCAGGAGUCUAAGCGACACUGCCAGAGAACUGUCGGUCAACGCCUGCAGGCUGUAGAGGUGUCAGAGCAGCUGUCGCACACUAUUUUGUGGCAAAAAAAGGAAAUAAUUUUGUAUGCGCAAGCUUACUGUACCCCUGAUAAAUUCUUUCAAUCUAUAUUUAGUUUUCUCUGUGAAAAGGGAAGUGAGAGUCUUGCCAGUUAUCAAAACUUUGAACAAGAAUGAAGAAGUAUAAACCGCAGAGAGAGAUGUGUAGUUAUUCUGUGUUUUGCAUAUUUGUCGCACUUACAUGUUUGAGAUCAACUUAAUUUUAAUGCUGGACAAAGAAAAUACACGUAAUUAUAAAAUGUAUUUUUUUAAUUAUGUUUUUAUUAAGGGAAAAAAGGCUAUUCAAACCUACCUGACCCUAUUUGAAAACAUAAUUGCCCCAUAAACUGGUUUUUCACAUUACUGUGGGGGGAUUUUUGGCCUACCCUUCUUUGCAGAAUUGUUUUAAUUUAGCCACACUGGAAGUUUUUACAAUCAUGAAUCACCAGUUUAAGUCCAAUCCAAAGCAUAUUAAUUGGCUUUACAUCUGGAGUUUCACUAUGCCAUCACUUUCUGGUCUGCUUUGGGUCAUUGCUACAUAACCAAACUUAGCUUGUGUUUUCAGGCACAAAAUGAUGGCUAGAUUUUCUGGUAUGAAGCUGAAUUUAUGGUUCCUUCAAUAACGGAAGGUUGUCUUGAAGCAGGAGAGCAGCCCAGACCAUCACACUAACACCACCAUGUUUGACUGUUUUUAUGAUGUUGAUUUAUAACAUGCUUUUAAUUUGACACCAGAUGUAACAGGAUUCAAAGCUUGCAAAAAGUUAAACUUUUGUCUCAUCAGUCCACACAAUAUUUUCCCUGGAGUCAGAUGUUUUAUGGCAAAUGUGAGACAAGUCAUUGUGUUGUUUUUGGUCAGCAGUGGUUUUCUGAUUGUAACUCUGCCAUGGAUGCCAUUUUUGUUCAGUCUCUUUCUUAUUGUUGAAGCAUGAACUCUGACCAUAACAGAGGAAAAUGAUGUCUGCAGUUCUUCAGAUGUUGCUUUGGGUUCUUUCAUGAUCUCCUGGAUGAGUAGUCAGUGCUCUCCUUGAGUCAUUUUAGCCUGCAACUCCUGGGAAGUUUCACCACUCUUCCCAGUUUUCUCUGUGUGUAGAUAAUGGUUCUCUCUGUGGUUCACUGGAGUCCCAAAGCCCUAGGCUUUGUAACGCUUAACAAACCGAUAGAUAUGAAUGAUUGUAUUUUAAA